GGUCGAUGAAGCGAGGGGUACGGGGAUCUUCGGUUCAUCAAAGCUCACACGACAUUUCUUUCCAUUGCAUCUUCCCACCCACAAUCAAUCCCUACACAAGUCAAAGACUCCAUGUCGACGCCCACGACACCCCUCACAUCCACAUUCUAUUCGCCACACCACACUGGCCCGAUGCAAACACACAAACCCCCUUCGCUCGCAUUGUUCCUCUCGACUCCCCAUCUCGACGCUCUAGACGUCCAAGAUGGUCUCGUCGAGCACUGCUUCAGAUCAUUUAUCUCUGGCAAAAGAGUCAGAGAAUGGUGUCUGGAUAUCAAGCGAGCAGCUCGAAAGUUCACAGACUCUACGACCCUCCAUCAUAUCCUCUAUGCUGCUCCUCUUUCCAUCCUGAUCCCCUUCCCUCCAGACACGUUUCUCGCUCAUGAUCCCAUCGGUCCACCAGAUCCUGAAUCCCUCUUACCCCCUUCGACCCUUUCCACGCUCUCUCGAAAACAGCUCGUCGAUGCCUUGAUCAAGCUUUCCAAGACUCUACUCGCAGAGCGACCCACCGGAUGGUCCGAACUGGUGUUGGAGCUUUAUCUCGAGUACAUUGCUCGUCGAUGGCGACUGGCUCUGGAAAAGCACGACUCCAAUCUCGUAGAUGGCAUCGGCAGAAAAUUGCUAGAGAUCGAGUUUGACGUUCAGCUACGUGGCGAAACAGAAACCACUCGAUCCCUCAUUCUUCCCGUCCUUCAACACGUCCGAUCAGGGCUCGGCUUCAUCACCUCAGUUCAGCUCGUCUCGCGGCUCAACUCACCACGUUACCAGGAUGCCCCAUCCGAUCUCGUCAGUUCAUGGAUCACCAUUCGACUGAGAGCAGGCUCUCAAGCUCAGGAUAUCAUCGCUGAGCUUGCAUCAGCUCAAGACAAGAUCAUGGAUGCUUCUCACAGAUCCGAGUUGGUCCGUACAGUCGAGACCCUGGGCCUGAACAUCCACUCAGAUUCGCAGGACACCCCUCGGUCCACUUUCGAAUCUCUCACCAGGCGACCUCACCGCAAGUUCAGCCUUCGAACUAGGACACUUGGCUUUGGCGCCUCUGGCAAAUGGCGACCUGGUCAUCAACGACUGACCUCGUUCAAGAAUUCGUCAGGCUUCCCUUCCAAGUUUGAUCCGGAACGACGACCAUCACUGCCCAACUUUUCCACCACGUCCCUUCUUAACCCUUUUGCGUACAAAUCCAGGCUAUCGACGGGGGGCCCAGAAUCACCCAGUUCCAAGCAAGCUUCAAGAAGCUUAACUCGCCUCGUGCCGUUUCCUCUGGUCAACACCCUCUCCUCACCAGACCUCCUUGGCUCGACCUUGGAUUUUAUCGACCCAGCGACUAUCCGGCCAGUCCUUGUCCACCAACUUCUGACGAGCAAGUAUCAUCUCUCAACGGACAAGACGGAUGACUGGUAUCUCGGCGAUGGGCGUCAUCUUGCUCAACGCAUGUUGAUGGAUAUUGAGAACAAACUCAGGAUCAAUCAGGGAUCUAUCGAUGCAGUCUCCGAUCUCAGAACCAUCUUCAGACUUGACCCCAAUUCCGAUCGCACCGGACCCCUUGAAGCAAUCGUUAACGGUGAAUUCGGCACGUUUCCUCUCCCUCCACCUCGCAUGUCCAUCGCUUCGACGUUGAUGCCGGAGGGUCACAGCCGAGCUGCGUCAUUUGACCUCGACCGGUACUUUGAAGGCCUCUCUGAAUCAGGUCCAGAGGACCCUGUCCCGGUCCCAGAGUCUGCAAAGGAUGGGGAUGGAUGCGCUCGACACAGCACCGAAACUGUUUUACCUCCUCUCCAUAGCCACAGGCGAGUGAGUACAGGUCUCGAAUCCCUCCUUACCAUGGCUACGGGUAAGACUGGUCUGACCGACUUUACCUCCCGGACGAGAGAGAGGCGAGCAUCCCAUGCGAGCUUUACGAUCCAAAAAGCUAGGCGAGGUUGGACGGGUUUCUCAGUUAAACUGGUCAAGCCGAGACGAGCAAGCAGUAUCGAUACAUUCACUGGAGGCGGUACCGUCAAGUCGCCAAGAGGUUUCAUGCUGCUAGAAGAUCCGGAUGACGACACUUCCGACGACGAAUCAGUUUACGAAGACGACGAAAGCUACAUUGGUCCUCUCGAAUCGUAUCUUGCUCCAUCUCGAUUCAACCGAUGGUCGAAAUCAGAGGCUGAUCUCAUCUUCCCUCCUCUUCCGACUGAUCACGAUCGAGCCCAUCCAUUUGCCGCGACAUCGCACCACGUCCACGACAACGACAUGUACACUCAUCUACCAGCGACGACUUCCCUGAGACGGAAGAGGCGGAUCGACCGACCUUGCGUGACGGCCUUCGAUCUCGGACUAGGUAAACAGAUCUUGACCCCUCCAGGGUUUCCAAAAGGCGACCAGUGGCAGGAUAACUUUCCGACGACGCCUUCAAUCGAACAAUCAGCUCCCGACUUUUCCGAAUCAAGCUCUACUCAGGUUGUCGACUCUACGCCUCGAUUCGUAGUGACUGCCGAUGCUCAAGACCUCAUGCCGCAAGGAUACAAGGCGCCACUCACUCCACCGAUAUCGCCACCUCACCGACCUAUCUCCUUGAACCAUUCUACGGCGGGAUCCCAUGACACAAGCUUUUCGGUUGUCGACCAUGGCUCGGGGGCCACGGUUGAGAGUGGUCGACCGUUGGCAGUCGAUCUAUCGCUUACCGAAAGCGACACCCCCAGAGCCAAGCAUCAACAUCGACAUUAUCGCAUCUUGAACGGUGACUUAACCCCGGAGAGAUGGAGUGACGGGUCGCGAGGCCCAUACCAAUCACCAGUUUCACCUGUCAUGACCCCUACAGCAUCAGCAAAAUCACUUCGCCAAGUCUCCUCAUCCCAGCAUCUCGCUCUGACACCGGAUUACUCUCCAACUUUCACGGAGGAUUGGCAUACUGCGCAUGGUACGCCUGUGAAUCAAAAACAGGUCCUCGGUGGUGAUGAGACGAUUUACGCAUCUCCAACCAAGGCGGCAACGCACUUUCCUGUUCCUGUGGAUCUGCGCCGACAUCGUCGACCUCCGCCUGUACCUCCCCCGCGCAUGUCGAGUCUACGAAAAGUCCGACAAUCACCCAGUCUCGCCAGUCUCUCCGGCAAGACCGUGUGGUCCAAGGAUACGUUCAGUAUCCGAUCGAGAUCGAUCACACCGACGGAAAGGCGACGAACUCCAGCGGCGCCACUUUCUAUCGAGUCUCAUACCUCGUCAUCCCUCAGUCAGCUUGUCUUCGCCAUAUCUGACGAUGGGCAUGGCAAUUUCUCUUUCCCGGGCUCGAAGAACGCUCUCCAGGCCUUCCUGACACUUUUCAAUGAUGCGUCGGAUUGUUUGAUCCUCAAAAAAGGAGUGACGGAAGACCACAUUCAACAGAUGCUGGCGCACCUCUUCAAGCCGGACUUGACGCCGGACGAACAACGACACAUCACAUGGCUCAUAGAAAAGGCUGAUGAGCUGAUCGAUGAUCCACGCUGGACUCGGCAAGCAGCAACAUACCUCCCUUCGGUCCGCUCUUCGACUCAUGUCGACCACGACAAGCCACUCCCAAGUACACCGUCCUCGAUUACCUUCUUCACGCAACUGCCUGACCUAACGCCAAGAAGCGCCAUGCGACCUCCCGCUACACAUCCUCUGCUCAGUCCUCACAGAGUCCACGAAGAUCUGCCAUGGUCAGCUUCGAGUCCUCAUCAUAUACGGCUAGCAGGGAGGCAGUCUCUCGAAGUGGAUCCUAGCGACUACUUUUCUGCUCGGGGUCAUCCUGAUUGUCGAGCGUCCAUCAAUACGUUUGGCAGGAGGCGAGAGUCUACAGGAUCGUCACUUCCUAGUCCCACAUGGGUUUCUGCUCAUGUGGCCGCGCACUUCUGAGGCUGAAGAAGCGCCAAGUUGUAUCAUAGAAUUCGGACAAUCUUGUUGUAUACGGCUUCAUCAACACACACGGCAGACAUGCAUCGUACACAGGCAAACGCGGAUACUUCUGGACGCCAACUUGCCCUAGUCCACAGAUCAUCUCUAGUUGAAUAUGCAGUAUAG